AUGUCAGGAAUAACCAAGGAUAUAAGAAGAAGAAAGAAUGAAGAAGGCAGUUAUACAUCCGGUAUUGCCGAAGGGAUUGAGAAUAGACCUUUGUCAAACAUCGAUAAAAAAGAUCAAACUCUAAAACCACAAUUAGAAUUAUGCUGCCCAUUGGCGACUCCUUUUGAAAGGAGGUUACAAACACUGGCUGUAGCAUGGCACACUUCCUCAUUUGUGCUGUUUUCCAUAUUUGCAUUGUUUGCAAUAUCGACGCCUGCAUUAUGGGUUUUUGUUAUUCCAUACAUGAUCUACUUUUUUUUUGAUAGGUCUCCAGCAACUGGUGAUGUAGUAAAUCGGUACUCCCUUCAGUUUCGUUCUUUGCCUAUUUGGAGGUGGUAUUGUGAUUAUUUUCCUAUAAGUUUGAUCAAGACCGUCAAUCUAAAACCAACUUUUACACUUUCAAAAAGCAAAACUUUUGACGAACAUGUGUACAAGAUUAGAUUGUGGCCAACCAAGUACGUUAUCAAUCUCAAAAGUAAUUACACCGUGGAUUAUCGUGAUCAAGAAUGUACAGGACCAACAUACUUAUUCGGUUAUCAUCCACACGGCAUAGGAGCCCUUGGUGCCUUUGGAGCUUUUGCAACAGAAGGUUGUAAUUAUUCUAAACUUUUUCCAGGCAUUCCCAUCUCCCUAAUGACAUUGGUCACUCAGUUUCAUAUUCCAUUAUACAGAGACUACUUAUUGGCGUUAGGUAUUUCUUCAGUGUCAAGGAAAAACGCCUUAAGGACCUUAGGCAAAAACCAAUCGAUCUGUAUUGUUGUUGGUGGAGCAAGGGAAUCAUUGUUAAGUUCAACAAAUGGUGAACAACUUAUCUUAAACAAGAGGAAGGGGUUCAUCAAGCUCGCCAUUCAAACAGGGAAUAUCAACCUAGUACCCGUGUUUGCAUUCGGAGAGGUAGACUGUUAUAAUGUUCUGAGUACAAAAAAAGAUUCCACCUUAGGCAAAAUGCAACUAUGGUUCAAGGAAAACUUUGGUUUUACCAUUCCCAUUUUUUAUGCAAGAGGCUUGUUCAAUUACGAUUUUGGUUUAUUGCCGUUUAGAGCACCUAUUAAUGUUGUCGUUGGAAGACCUAUAUAUGUUGAAAAACAAAUAUUGGAUCCACCGGAUGACGUCGUCAAUCAUUUUCAUGACUUGUAUAUUGCGGAGUUGAAGAAACUAUACUAUGACAAUAAAGAAAAAUAUGGGGCAUCAGAUGCAGAAUUAGAGAUAGUUGGUUAG